GCGCUGCUGCCUCUGCUCUCUGCCCCUCCCUGUCGGUUUCCGCGCGAAAAGCCGGGGACGCCUGUGUUGCCGCCGCGUCUGCUGCAGCCUCCGAGAUGCCGGCUCGCACCGCCCCAGCCCGGGUGCCCGCGCUGGCCACCCCGGCCAUCUCACUGCCAGCUGACGUCCGCAGGCGGCUCAAAGAUUUGGAAAGAGACAGCUUAACAGAAAAGGAAUGUGUGAAGGAGAAAUUGAAUCUCUUGCGUGAAUUUCUGCAAACAGAAAUAAAGAAUCAGUUAUUUGACUUAGAAACCAAAUUACGUAAAAAAGAACUAUCAGAGGAGGGCUACCUGGCUAAAGUCAAAUCCCUUUUAAAUAAAGAUUUGUCCUUGGAGAAUGGAGCUCACACUUUCCGUCGGGAAGUGAAUGGACGUCUAGAAAACGGGAGCCAGACAAGUAGUGAAGACCGUAGAGUGGUAAUGUCAGAGGCAAACCACCCCCUCAAACCCGUUUCCAGGCUGCGCACACCCAGAAGAAGCAAGUCCGAUGGAGAGACAAAGUCUGAAGCUUCACCUAGCCCCAGGAUUACAAGGAAAACUACCAGGCAGACCACCAUCACGUCUCAUUUCUCAAAGGGCCCCGCCAAACGGAAACCCGAAGAAGAGUCUGAAAGAGCAAAAUCGGACGAUUCUGUUGAUGAAGAAGAAAAAGACCAGGAUGAGAAGAGACGUAGAGUUACAUCCAAAGAACUAGUUGCUAGACCUCUUCCUGCAGAAGAACCAGAAAGCGUGAGACCAGGAACACACACUGAAAAGGAGGAAGAAAGAGAUGAAAAAGAAGAAAAGAGACUCAGAAGUCAAACCAAAGAACUAAUACCGAAACAGAAACCUAAAGAAGAGCUGGACAGAGAAGCCAGACCAGGAACUCACGCUGACAUGGAGGAAGAAAGAGAUGAGAAAGAUGAAAAGAGGCACAGAAGUCAACCCAAAGAUCUAGCUGCCAAACGGAGACCUGAAGAAAAAGAACCUGAAAAAGUAACUCCACAAGUUUCUGAUGAAAGAGAUGAGGAUGAAAAGGAAGAGAAGAGACGCAAAACAACACCCAAAGAACCAACGGAAAAAAAAAUGGCUAGAACCAAAGCAGUUGUGAGCUCCAAGACCCACCCUCCGAAAUGCAUCCAGUGUGGCCAGUACCUGGACGACCCCGAUCUCAAGUAUGAGCAGCACCCCCCGGACGCCUUGGAUGAGCCACAGAUGUUGACAAAUGAGAAACUGUCCAUCUUCGAUGACAACGAAGAUGGCUUUGAGAGUUACGAGGCUCUUCCCCAACACAAGCUGACGUGCUUCAGCGUGUACUGUAAGCAUGGUCAUCUGUGCCCAAUCGACACUGGCCUCAUUGAGAAGAAUGUUGAGCUCUACUUUUCUGGCUCAGCAAAACCAAUAUAUGAAGACAACCCAUCCCUUGAAGGUGGCGUUAAUGGCAAAAAUCUUGGCCCCAUAAAUGAAUGGUGGAUCACUGGCUUUGAUGGAGGGGAAAAGGCCCUCAUUGGUUUCAGUACCUCGUUUGCCGAAUACAUUCUGAUGAAUCCCUGCCCAGAGUAUGCACCGAUAUUUGGGCUGAUGAAGGAGAAGAUCUACAUAAGUAAGAUAGUGGUCGAGUUCCUGCAGAACAAUCCCGACUCGACCUAUGAAGACCUAAUCAAUAAGAUUGAGACCACUGUUCCUCCUCCUGGACUCAACCUGAACCGAUUCACGGAGGAUUCUCUCCUUCGACACGCCCAGUUUGUGGUGGAACAGGUAGAGAGUUAUGACGAGGCUGGGGACAGUGACGAGCAGCCCAUUUUCCUGACUCCCUGCAUGAGGGACCUGAUCAAGUUGGCUGGGGUCACCCUGGGAAAAAGGCGAGCCGAAAGACGUCGGACCUUCAGGCAUCCUGCCAAGGAGAAGGAUAAAGGACCCACGAAAGCCACGACUACAAAGCUGGUCUACCAGAUCUUUGACACUUUCUUCGCAGAGCAAAUUGAAAAGGACGACAGAGAAGACAAGGAGAACACUUUUAAACGCCGGCGGUGUGGCGUCUGUGAGGUUUGUCAGCAGCCCGAGUGUGGAAAGUGUAAAGCCUGUAAGGACAUGGUUAAGUUUGGUGGCAGUGGACGGAGCAAGCAGGCCUGCCAGGAGAGGAGGUGUCCCAAUAUGGCCAUGAAGGAGGCAGAUGAUGACGAGGAAGUCGAUGAUAAUAUCCCAGAGAUGCCAUCACCCAAAAAAAUGCAUCAGGGGAAGAAAAAGAAACAGAACAAGAAUCGGAUCUCUUGGGUUGGAGAAGCUGUCAAGACUGAUGGGAAGAAGAGUUAUUAUAAGAAGGUGUGCAUUGAUGCAGAAACCCUGGAAGUGGGGGACUGUGUCUCUGUCAUUCCAGAUGACUCCUCAAAACCACUGUAUUUAGCCAGAGUCACAGCACUGUGGGAGGACAGCAGCAAUGGACAGAUGUUUCAUGCCCACUGGUUCUGCGCUGGGACAGAUACGGUCCUUGGGGCCACAUCGGACCCUCUGGAGCUGUUCCUGGUAGAUGAGUGUGAGGACAUGCAGCUUUCGUACAUCCACAGCAAAGUGAAGGUUGUUUAUAAAGCUCCCUCAGAAACCUGGGCCAUGGAGGGAGGCUUGGAUCCCGAGUCCAUGCUGGCAGGGGACAACGAUGAUGGGAAGACCUAUUUCUAUCAGCUGUGGUAUGACCAAGACUAUGCGAGAUUCGAGUCUCCUCCCAAAACCCAGCCGACAGAGGACAACAAGUACAAGUUCUGUGCAAGCUGUGCCCGUCUGGCUGAAAUGAGGCAAAAAGAAAUCCCCCGGGUCCUGGAGCAGAUUGAAGACCUGGACAGCCGGGUUCUCUACAGCUCAGCCACCAAGAACGGUAUCCAGUAUCGGGUGGGCGAUGGUGUGUACCUGCCUCCUGAGGCCUUCACCUUCAACAUCAAGCUGUCCAGCCCUGUGAAACGCCCACGGAAGGAGCCUGUGGACGAAGACCUGUACCCAGAGCACUACCGGAAGUAUUCUGACUACAUCAAAGGCAGCAACUUGGACGCCCCCGAGCCCUACCGCAUUGGCCGGAUAAAAGAGAUUUUCUGCACCAAGAAGAGCAAUGGCAGGCCCAAUGAGACAGACAUCAAGAUCAGGAUCAACAAGUUUUACAGGCCUGAGAACACUCACAAGUCCACCCCAGCAAGCUACCACGCGGACAUCAACUUGCUCUACUGGAGCGACGAGGACGCUGUGGUGGACUUCAAGGCUGUGCAGGGCCGCUGCACCGUGGAGUACGGGGAAGACCUGCCCGAGUGCCUCCAGGACUACUCUGCGGGUGGCCCAGACCGCUUCUACUUCCUUGAGGCCUAUAACGCAAAGAGCAAAACCUUUGAAGAUCCUCCAAACCACGCCCGUAGCCCUGGAAAUAAAGGGAAGGGCAAGGGCAAAGGCAAAGGCAGGGCCAAGUCUCAAACAUGUGAGCCGAGUGAGCCAGAGAUGGAAAUAAAGCUGCCCAAGCUGCGGACCCUGGAUGUGUUCUCAGGCUGUGGGGGACUGUCGGAAGGCUUCCAUCAAGCAGGCAUCUCUGAGACGCUGUGGGCCAUCGAGAUGUGGGACCCUGCGGCCCAGGCAUUCCGGCUGAACAACCCUGGGUCCACGGUGUUCACAGAGGACUGCAAUGUCCUGCUGAAGCUGGUCAUGGCGGGGGAGACCACCAACGCCCGCGGCCAGCGGCUGCCUCAGAAGGGCGACGUGGAGAUGCUGUGCGGGGGGCCUCCCUGCCAGGGCUUUAGUGGCAUGAACCGCUUCAACUCGCGCACCUACUCCAAGUUCAAAAACUCCCUGGUGGUCUCCUUCCUCAGCUACUGUGACUACUACCGGCCUCGGUACUUCCUGCUGGAGAAUGUCCGCAACUUUGUCUCCUUCAAGCGCUCCAUGGUCCUGAAGCUCACCCUCCGCUGCCUGGUCCGCAUGGGCUACCAGUGCACCUUCGGCGUGUUGCAGGCCGGUCAGUAUGGCGUGGCCCAGACGCGGAGGCGGGCCAUCAUCCUGGCUGCAGCCCCUGGAGAGAAGCUCCCCCUGUUCCCAGAGCCUCUGCACGUGUUUGCGCCCCGGGCCUGCCAGCUGAGUGUGGUGGUGGACGACAAGAAGUUUGUCAGCAACAUAACCAGGUUGAGCUCAGGCCCGUUCCGAACCAUCACUGUGCGGGACACGAUGUCUGACCUCCCUGAGAUCCGGAAUGGAGCCUCAGCACCAGAGAUCUCCUAUAACGGGGAGCCACAGUCCUGGUUCCAGAGGCAGCUCCGGGGCUCGCAGUACCAACCCAUCCUCAGGGACCACAUCUGUAAGGACAUGAGCGAGUUGGUGGCAGCCCGCAUGCGGCACAUUCCCCUGGCCCCAGGUUCCGACUGGCGUGACCUGCCGAACAUCCAGGUGCGGCUGUCUGAUGGCACCAUGACCAAUAAGCUCCGGUAUACCUACCACGACAGGAAGAAUGGCCGCAGCAGCUUGGGGGCUCUCCGUGGGGUCUGCUCCUGUGUGGAAGCCGGCAAAGCCUGCGACCCCGUAGCCAGACAGUUCAACACUCUCAUCCCCUGGUGCUUACCCCACACUGGCAACAGGCACAACCACUGGGCUGGCCUCUACGGGAGGCUUGAAUGGGACGGCUUCUUCAGCACGACUGUCACCAACCCUGAGCCAAUGGGCAAGCAGGGUCGCGUGCUCCACCCUGAGCAGCACCGUGUGGUGAGUGUGCGGGAAUGCGCCCGCUCCCAGGGCUUCCCAGACACUUACCGGCUGUUUGGCAACAUUCUGGACAAGCACCGGCAGGUGGGUAACGCCGUGCCACCUCCCCUGGCCAAAGCCAUUGGCUUGGAGAUCAAGCUGUGUAUGUUGGCCAAAGCUCGAGAGAGUGCCUCAGCUAAAAUAAAGGAAGAGAAAGCUACUAAGGACUAGUUUUGUCCUCCCGUCACCCUUGUUUCUGGCACCAGGAGUCUCCCACAUGCACUGAUGAUGUUGUGUUUUUAACAUGUCAGUCUGUCAGUUCAAAUGUGUUGUACACAGUGUUUGUGGCCUUGGCUGACAUGAAGCUGUUCUGUGAGGUUUCCUAUCAACUAAUGACUUAGUGGUCAAACUGUGCAGUACUUUGUGCAUUCUGGAUUUUAAAAGUUUUUUAUUAUGCAUUAUAUCAAAUCUACCACUGUAUGAGUGGAAAUUAAGACUUUAUGUAGUUUUUAUAUGUUGUAAUAUUUCUUCAAAUAAAUCUCUCCUAUAAAC